UCGGCCGCCAUUUUGCUGCCUCUGCCGAAGCGAGCAGCUUCAUUCGGGGAGCGCGAGCCUCGCCGCCGCCGCCGCCACUGUCCGCCCGCCAGCCACAGCCAGCGUCCUCCGAGAUGUCGGCUAAUACUGCUGUACCACCUGCGGCUGCCGGAGGAGAGGCCGGGGGUCCUCCCCCCCCACCGCCCAACCUCACCAGUAACCGGAGGCUCCAGCAAACCCAGGCUCAAGUGGAUGAGGUUGUGGACAUCAUGCGAGUGAACGUAGAUAAGGUCCUCGAGAGAGAUCAGAAGCUUUCGGAGCUGGACGACCGUGCCGAUGCCCUUCAAGCCGGAGCAUCCCAAUUCGAAACCAGCGCCGCCAAGCUUAAGCGCAAAUACUGGUGGAAGAACUUAAAGAUGAUGAUAAUCCUGGGGGUGAUAUGCGCCAUUAUCUUGAUCAUCAUCAUUGUUUACUUCAGCACUUAGUGGAACUUCUCCGAGACGUUUUUCCCCAUCCAGGAACAGCGGCCGGGAGAGGCGCACGGGGCCAAGUCUUCCAGCGCCAGCUUCCCCUCCAUACACCCCCCCUCGCCCCCCUUACCCCUCCCUCCCUCUCCCCUCCCUCCCCUCCCCGUGUGUGUGAGUGUGCGUUGCGUGUGGGUGUCUUGUAAAUAGCCCGAUUUGUUAUUUAUACCUAUACAUAUAUACAUAUACAUAUAUAUAUAUACAUAAAAUAUAUAUAUAUUAUAUUAUAUUAUAUUUUGUCUGUUUGUAGAUUUCUAUCUAGACUUUCUAUGUGUCGCGCAACCUCGGCCCUGGGUUUUCCCCCCCCUCCCCCGCCGUGUUUUUUCAGUGUCUUUGAUUUUUAACAACAACCCUACGAGGACCAAGACUCGCCUGACGGAUUCUGCCCUCCGUAUCCCCCUUCCCCAAUUCGGUGGGCUCCUGACCCCCCUUUUUUUCCCCCGGGGAAAUUGCCAUGCUGAGCACACCCAGCCUUGGAUUGUGUUUCUCCCCCCCCCCCCCCCCAAAUAUUCUGGAAUCUGGAAGAUCCUUAGUAAGAAGCCGGCUAGUUGGGGGGGUACGAAGUUCUCCCUCUUCGGAGUCACUCCCCCGUUUUACUCUCUUCGGCCACACUGCUAGUCCUCAGCGUCUUCGCCAUCUCUCCUCCCAUCUUACCCUUUCUCUCCUGUCCCACCCACCCACCCCCCGGGCCUGCCGGGUGAUCUCCUCUUAAACCUUUUUAUUUAUUAACUUGAAUUCGACUUGUACUGCCAGGUUUUUUGGGGGGGGGGUUUUCCCUAAGUGUCUCAGCUCGCCUGGCGUUGGGGAGUUAGCGCCGCUGCCUCUCCCGGGGGACAGUCCCGAGUGCGAAUCCUCCCCCCCCCCCCCCGCGCGCGGCGUUCUCUUUCCUUCUCUGCCUCCUCCGGACCACGGUGGGACUUUUUAACUGCCAUUCACAGUCUUGUUGUAGAAACCGUUCCCCUCUCUCUCUCUCUCCCCCCCCCCGUUGUUUUGAUUUUCGGAACAACGGGCGAACGACGCAACGAGCGUGUGACUCUUUUACAUUCCACUCGUCCUUCUCCCAAAGGAGAGACGAGAAGACAACUUUCCCCCUCUUGUAGGACCUGUGUUUUCUUGCGAUCACUGCCUCAAACCCGUAAGGAGUCGUGUGCCUGUGAGUGGGUGUGCAUGCGUGGGUGUGUACGUGUGAAUACAAUAAGAGCAACGGAGGAGGAGGAGGAGCGGAAGGUUAGGGGGGCUCCUGCCCGUCUCCUUGCGGAAGACGCAAAAGAGCAUUUGCUGAGCGGAACACAAAAAUAUCAGAUUUGGCGACACCGGCAUUCGUUGCGGCUCGUUCCCGGGACCGGGAGAGACCCUUCCCGACCGGUCCCGAGAACGAAACGAGGGCUGCGCCGUGGUUCUAAUCCUGCGGUGAAGCUAUAAUUUAUUCUUUAGGAUUUCAUUUAUUUAUUUUUGUCGACGCUGUUCUCUUUCCCGACGAAGGUGGGUUUCAAGCAGGAGACGGAAAGGGCUCGGUAUGAAUGGCGGUGGAUAACAGACGCCCCUCCCUCCUCCUCCUCUUCCUCUUUGUGCACCCCCUCCCCAAUGUUGGCCCUGUCCAAAGCUUGGCCACUUUUCAGCUUUGCAAAAAAACGUUGUCGUUGUGAUCCUUGUGACGAGUGACCACCUCCUCAACCCCCCACCUCCCGUUUUCAGCACAAACUGCCAUGUUUCCUGGGCCUGUUUAUGACGUUGGCUACCUGUGAGGUUUUUUUUUUUU